AUGGCCGCUCUUCGAUCGCCAGCCACUUGGGAUGCCCUAUCAACAGGUGCCCGGCGUGGGUUAUCAUCAACCAUUAUCCCUUCCGUCAGCCAUCGGGUUCGAGUUCCGGAUCUCAAUCCCUCGAGUCAGCAGAGGAGAAGGGUUUCCAAUUCAUCUAGAGAGUAUAACCAAAAACACCAUCUCUAUUCGCCUGGAUUACCUCACAGAAUUAUCUCCCAUCGACAAAUACCAACGCAACGGAGCUUCUUGAACAACCAAGCGUUCUUCAGCACGAAAAUUGCCACUGCUCCUACUGUCCACAAUGUAUUUGAACCUGUUACUGGCACAUGGCAGUACAUUGUGUCAGAUGAAUCAUCCCGUGUUGCAGUCAUCAUAGAUCCAGUCCUGGACUAUGAUCCUACCACCCAAAGCAUCACCACUCACUCCGCCGACUUCUUACUUUCUUUAAUCAAAGAAAAGGGCUACAAAGUGGAAAGAAUUCUCGAAACCCAUGCACACGCAGAUCACUUGACAGCAGCAUCUUAUCUUCAAAAGCAGCUCAUGCAGCUUCAAGGCUUUCAGCCAUCUAUCGGUAUUGGCAAACGUAUUGAGAAGGUACAAAAGUUAUUCGGACAACGCUACGGACUUCCUAGUGAAGAAUAUGAAACUGUCUUCGAUAAGCUUUUCGAAGACGAUGAGGUAUUCAAUAUUGGUUCUUUAAGUGCUAAGGCUAUUCAUCUUCCUGGCCAUACACCAGAUCACCUGGGAUAUCAAAUUGGAGAUAAUGUCUUCUGUGGUGACUCACUCUUCCAUACCGAUAUCGGUACAGCACGCUGUGAUUUCCCAGGUGGUGAUGCAAGAGAUCUAUAUAGAUCAAGUCGCAAGCUCCUAGCUCUGGGAGAACAUGUCAAGAUAUGGCCGGGUCACGAUUACCCGCCAGAUGGACGAGACUCGCCUAUAGCAUGGACGAGUGUGGCGGAUCACAAGAAACAGAAUAAACAUGUUGCAGAGAAUGUAUCAGAGAAGGAGUUUGUGGCGAUGCGGACGGAACGAGAUGCGAAGUUGAAUGCACCCAGGCUGCUUCAUCCGUCUUUACAGGUUAAUAUUCGGGCUGGGCGGCUUCCCCAGCCGCUGGACUCAGGGCAUAGGAUGCUUCAUCUUCCAUUGAAAUUGAAUGGGUUGGAGUGGUGA